UGUGUGUGUGUGUGUGUGACAGGAGGUAGGAGGCAGAAAGAGAGAGGGGAAGAGGAAGCGAGAUAGACCAGAAUAAAAAGAGCAUGCAUGGCGGAGCUGAACUGCAAGUGUGUGCCGUUUACAUUGUUAGACACAGCGUGACUUUUCCCUCUUUCCUUGAAAUAUGACUUGCAGACUAAACGUGAGAGUUUUUUGCGGCUGAAUUAUUUUAAAAUCUCGAUUCUCGCACAAGAUAAAUCGCUCAAACUCGGACCGCAAUGAGCGCGUCUGCAGGGACUGGGGUGUUUGUGCUCUCUUUGAUGUCCAUCCCGUUCUGCUAUUUAUUUAAUUCCCUCAUUUACAGCAACAGUGCUGAAGCGUUCUUCUUCGCUGGGUGUACAGCAGUCCUCAUCCUGGCCAUUUCAGCCCGUUUUAUGCUCAAGAAGAAGGCUCCAGUAGAUCCUUGUUUCUAUGUGUAUGCAGUGUAUGCAUUCCUCAGUGUGGUGAAUCUGAUCAUCGGGCUGGAGCAGGACAACAUCAUUGAUGGAUUUGUGACAUUUUACCUCAAAGAGGCAGAUCCUCACAUUAACACAGCAUAUGGGCACAUGAUCUCCUAUUGGGAUGGCUAUGUGCACUAUCUCAUGUAUCUGCUCAUGAUUGCUGCGAUUACUUGGGGGGACAGUUACCGAGCCAUUGGACUCUACUGGGUGGGAUCUUUUCUCAUGCAUGCCAUAGUCUACAUUCUUGGGAAUGCUGUGGGAAAAUAUGGGACCCACUUUGGUCCUCUCUUCCUCCUCCACAUGCUAUAUAUCGCAGUGUCUGUCUGGGCCAGCUUCCACAUCUUCAGCCAACCCUCCGCACGGGAGUUGACAAGCAUCCAGGAGGCUGAAGGAAAAAGUUUACUUCACAGACCUCUGGACCUACUGUUCAUUAUCUACCUCAUCCCUGCUUUUGCUUUCUGUGUCUUCAGAGGCCUGAUUGUUCUGGACUGUUCCAGCAAAUGGUGUCAAGACUACACCCAACAGUAUGAGCCUUACCUGAAAGACCCUUCAGCCUAUCCUAAAGUACAGAUGCUGGUGAGCAUGCUGUACUCCGGACCAUACUACAUCAUUACUCUCUAUGGGCUGAUGGUCCCAGGAUGUGAGUGGAUGCCAGACCUGACUCUUGUACACUCAGGAGCAUUGGCACAGGCCCAGUUCUCUCAUAUCGGUGCGUCUCUUCACACACGGACGCCGUUCUCCUACAGAGUGCCUGCUGACAGCCAGCCUGUCUUCUUGCUGUUCAAUGUCCUGUACGCUGUGGUGCCUCAGGCUCUCUGCUACCGCUGCUGCACCAGGCCUGGCUUCUUCCUCAGGCCAAUGCCAGAUAAGAAGACUGAAUGACACAGAGUGUCAGGGAGAGAGAGAGCGUGCCAGGGAUGUCCAGGAUGUCUAAAUAAAAGUACUUACAAAGUACUGCUCUGUGUUUGCAAUAAUAAGCAGUUGCUAUUUUUGGAAAGGGAGCUGCCACCCGUAAACUUAAUGAGGACUGAGUGGAGGUAUUGGAAACAUGACAAAAUACUCCAGUGUCUGCUGCUUUAUUUAUUAACGUAAAUAAAGUGUGUUUGUGUGUAAAGCAACAGCAAGCCCAGGAAGGCACACACAGAGUCACAGUACAGAUGCUUUAGUGCUUUAAGACUUGUAUGUGGGAUUCAAACUACUUGACAAUACUUAUUGUUCUUAUUUUUUUGGUAAGUUUUUUUGGUUACAAAAACUGCUUUCUUGUUGCCAUUGAGGUUUCUGUGCCGUGCCUUUUUGCCAAUCGGUUGGCAAAUAAAGAAGAGUAAUGUGUC